GGUAGUUCAUCGAAUCAGACUGACAUCUUAUCUCCUGAUGAUCAUGUAGAUGUACAUGUAGCCUUCUGAUUGUUUUCAUUCUACAUAUCUUUAUUUCGAACACUAUUCUUUGUCGCUGCAGGGUUCUUUUGCUCAGCAUAUUAGAAUAUAGGAUAGACGUAGACCAGUUCUUCUUCUUUUGCUUGGUUUUAAAAUAUAGUACGAAGUGGACAACUUCGACCUAGUACAGUUAGACCUAGUUCAACCACAGCCACACAAAACAAGAAAAUGGGGGAGCAGGUUCGCGUUCUUCAUCUGCUGUGCAAGCACGAAAAGAGCAGAAACCCGGUUUCUAGACGGACCAAUCAGAGCACUGGAGACGUCUCUGUGGCCCAAGCGCAUCAAGAGCUGAAAAAAUAUGAAGAUGACUUCAAGGUACAUCUUCUAUUUUCUCGUCAAGUGUAGUUGUAAUAUUAGUAGAAGUUAAAUUGAUUUAGAUGUGCGAAGGAAACAAAGUCAGUUUUCAUCCAGUGGAACAACUUGUUCUAGUAAUAAACAAAAAUAUAAAUUUUCUUACAGUGAUCUUUAUAUUCAUCGACUAUGGAUUUCUGGUCGUAUUAUCGAGUUUAUGUGAAAGGUGAUAAUAAUCACUCAGAAUAAGACAAACAAUAUCACAUCCUACACUGCAGAAACUGCAAGGGCAAGACCUGGUAGAUGCGUUUGCGAAAGCAUGUCAAGGACGUUCGGAUUGCGGUAAUUUAAAUUUUUGAUUCAAGUAUUAAUGAGAUGAAGAUCGAAAUUACACGAACAUGGUAGAAAAACAAAAAAGUAGUGUUCUACUUACUUGGAAUGCAUAUGCAGCAAGAGCAAACAAGAAAAAAUCCCUUCUACUCAGGUUCGUACGCGCAAGGAGGCGAUCUGAACUUUUUUGGUCCAGGACAGAUGCAAAAGCCGUUUGAGGAUGCAUCUUUUGCCUUACAGGUUGGCCAAAUUAGUAGUAUCGUCGAUACGGAUUCGGGAAGUCACCUGAUAUUGCGAAUUGCGUGA